AAUGGCCUAAAUUCAUCCAUGGCUACAAGAGGUGAAAGCAGAGUGUAGUUCUCCCACAAGCCCAGGUUCUUAGCUUUGCCCUAUUUCCCUGCGGAAGGGAGGCGACGGAUUCUGUGCCCGCCGGAUGGCGCUGUGGGCUGGCACCAUUUCCUAGGAACCCCGGGGCAUACCCUGAUGCCGCACAUCUGGGCGGAGCUGGCGCCCCCUUCUCCCCCGUUGAGGAUUGUGUUCUCCUUUAAUCCGCGCAGCCACACAAAGGGACGGGGGGAGGCAGCCCCCCCCGGAGAAAGGGGAUGCAAUGGAGGUGGUGCGUGCAGCUCCGGUGCUCUAGGGGCGCAUGAGCGAGGCGCGCACGGGGCUAGAGAGACGCAAACACAGGGGAUCUGCUCCUCUCGCCACGGGAGGCAGUCCGCCGCCUGAGCACUGCGUUUUGGCCCCCGCCGGCAGGCAGCUCCGGGCCCCGCAGCUCAUUGUUUGUUUGUGACACUGACUGAAUCCACUAACUACAUGUGAAGUUAAAUGAAAUUUUAGCCCUGUCUGUAUUCAUGAGCUUGAGAGAACUGAGGAUUGUUUCUGAAUCACAGUCCUGCAAGAAGAAAAUCAUUUUGGUUUAAGUUGAACAUUUGUCUCUAGCAUUAAGACAACAGCUAUGCCAGUGCUAUCAGAAGAUUCAGGAUUGCAUGAGACUUUGGCCCUGUUGACAUCCCAGCUAAGACCUGACUCAAAUCACAAAGAAGAAAUGGGAUUCCUUAGAGGUGUCUUCAGUGAAAAAAGUCUGAGUUAUCUAAUGAAGAUUCAUGAAAAGCUCCGCCAUUAUGAAAGACAGAGUCCAACUCCUGUUUUACAUAGUGCAGCAGCUUUAGCUGAGGAUGUAAUUGAAGAGUUGCAGACUACACCAGUGAAUAAUGAAGAAAAAGAACUGCUUCAGCUAUUGUCAACACCACAUCUUCGGGCAAUGCUUGUAGUUCAUGAUACUGUUGCCCAGAAGAACUUUGACCCAGUCCUUCCCCCUCUGCCAGACAAUAUUGAUGAUGAUUUUGAUGAAGAAUCAGUGAAAAUUGUUCGUCUAGUGAAGAAUAAAGAGCCUUUGGGUGCCACCAUCAGAAGGGAUGAGAUUACAGGGGCUGUGAUUGUAGCGAGAAUCAUGAGAGGUGGUGCAGCUGACCGCAGUGGUCUUGUCCAUGUUGGAGAUGAGCUAAAAGAAGUCAAUGGGAUUGCUGUGCUACACAAACGACCAGAAGAAAUUAGUCAGAUUUUGGCUCAAUCUCAGGGAUCAAUAACAUUAAAAAUAAUUCCGGCCAUCAAGGAAGAAGAUCGUCUGAAGGACAGCAAGGUAUUUAUGAGGGCACUCUUCUGCUAUAAUCCAAAAGAGGACAAAGCCAUUCCCUGUCAGGAGGCAGGAUUGCCAUUUAAGAGAAGACACAUCUUAGAAGUUGUGAGCCAGGAUGAUCCAACAUGGUGGCAAGCAAAGCGUGUUGGUGAUACCAACCUCAGGGCAGGAUUGAUCCCUUCAAAACAGUUCCAAGAAAGGCGUUUGAAUUAUAGAAGAACUAUAGGCACUCUGCAAAACUCCAAAACUGUAAAGAAGCCAUUAUAUGAUCAGUCUUCUGAGAAAGAAGACUGUGACUGUGAGGGAUAUUUCAAUGGACAAUAUAUAGCUGGUUUGCGGAGGAGCUUUAGGUUAAGUCGAAAGGAGAAACACAACAACCAGAAUCAAGCAAAGCAAGCAGACAUAUCUGAGUUCCUAACAUAUGAAGAAGUCACUAAAUAUCAGCAGCAGCCGGGAGAAAAGCAGAGACUGGUGGUUUUGAUCGGUUCUUUAGGAGCCAGACUAAAUGAGCUCAAGCAGAAAGUUGUAUCAGAGAAUCCACAGAAGUAUGGUGUUGCAGUUCCACAUACAACAAGGUCAAAGAAAAGUCAUGAAAAAGAGGGAGUGGAAUACAAUUUUGUCUCUAAGCAAUCAUUCGAGAUAGAUGUACAGCAUAACAAAUUUGUUGAACAUGGAGAAUACAAAGAGAAUCUGUAUGGAACAAGCCUUGAGGCAAUCCAAUCUGUUAUGGCCAAAAAUAAAGUUUGUUUGGUGGAUGUGCUGCCCGAAGCAAUAAAGCACCUGAGAACACCAGAGUUUAAACCAUAUGUUAUAUUUGUGAAGCCUUUGGUUCCAGAAAAGAAAAAAAAUGCACCAACAUCUCCAACUUCAGAAGAAAUCUCAGCCCCACUUGAUGAAGAACAGCAGGACAUUAUUAAUUCAGCAGCAUUUAUCGAAGAGCAGUAUGGCCAUUUAAUUGACACUGUUCUGCUGAAAGAAGACCUCCAGAGUGCCUAUAAUCAGUUGAAAACUCUGCUAGAGAAGCUGAAUGAGAACUCAUUUUGGGUGCCAGUGAGUUGGGUUAGAUCAUAGCCCGCUCUCACAUGUCAGAAGGAAAGCCUAUAUAAAAUGUGCUGUAAAUAUAAGGAUUAUAAGAGGGAACAUGUCAGCUGCACUCCAAAACUGCCAGUUUGUCUAGAAAGUAAUAUAAAAAUGUCCUAUCAGUUAAACUAGACAGACCUAUCAGUCAGAAGCUGACAUGGGGUUCCUGAACCACAAUUUUUAGUAGUGUCAUUUAAAACUUCGAGUGCUCAAUGUAGAUUGAUUGGUAAAAAUUUAGUGAUUUUUAAGCUUUAUAAAUACUUUGUGAUACAGAGUAAAACUUCACCUACUGUCUAAGGUUCCAUCCUGCCAACGGCUAUGGAAACAAGUAUAUUAACUCAGACAAAUGGUCCCAGAGAGUGUAAGGGACAAAGCAAGUCUUGGAGAUUAAAUCUACAUGGCUGCGAGACUUUUUUCCAAAUACUUCAGGAAGUUUGAAUAUACAGAAUUUUUUAGUGUAUAGAUGAAAAUGCAAUUAUAGUAGGACUUUGGAAAUCAAUGACAGUUCAUAAUUUGCUAAAUCUGCUAUUGAUAAAUACAUUAUCUACCUAGGAGUUCCUGCUUUCCAUUUGCCUGCCACUUAUGAUCUUUCCUAUAUAUCAAAUCCUUUAGCAAUGGCUUCAAAUGUAAACCCAUGCUUAUUUUUGUCUUUAUAAUAUGAAGUUAUUGUUAAGCAAAAUCACUGUAAUGGAUUUUCUGUAAUGGAAUCCAUUCACCAUUGAGGCACCCACCAUUAUGUGCUCCUCAUGCCAAGCAUAGUGUUGCAGCUCUCAUACCAUCUCCUUCACUGGGUGCUGUGACAGUUUCUCUGUCAGGUAACUUGGCCCUCUGGCUGGGUCACAGUCUUUUAUUCCACCCCUCCUGGGUCAUAGUUGUCCAAACUAGGCUUCAAAACUUUUUAACAGAAUCAAACUUUCCACACUCUCUGAAUCUCUUCUUCAACCAGUUUCUUCCCAUUACUCAGGGUUCCUCCCAGGCUGCUCUCUGCCUAGAUAACUUUUCUCACUCAGGGCUCUGCAGGAACCAUCUUGCUCCCUGCCAUCUCUUUCCCCAGUUGGACCCUUUCAGCACUUAAACCUUGGUCCUUUUAUACAGGAAUCACCUCAUUUCACUCAGCUGAAGCCCAUUCUGUGUUCAGGGCUGGAUCAGCCCCAAGCUCUCCAGCCCACAGAGCAAGCCACCCUGUUACAUUCCCCCUCCAAAGAACAGUAAGUAAAAUGUUUCUCAUAUCUAGAUUCAAAACAGUAUUCAAUCACAUUAUUCAUUCAGGGUCUAAUAUGGGCACAAAUCUACUCAAGUCUGGAGUGGCUCUGUGUGGUUACUAGACCCUGCCCUAUUCAUGUGAUCUUACCAUUAUGUAAAGAGACCAUGCAUCCCAGGUUUUUUAUGAAGUCCUUGGAACUUCUUAUGGGACACAUGAAAUGUUCCAGUUUUUCAUUUCAUCUAUCAAAAUGUUCAGGUUUUUAAUAACUACAAAAUGUUUGUCCAAGAUCAGUUCCACUCUUAAAGUGUUUUGCAUACUGUUUCAUUCUGAUCAAGAACUGAGCGUGUGCUUUGUGACAAUCAUUGGGCAGGGUCAGUGCUUGUCUUAAGACCACAUUGCAAUACGAGUCUAAGACUGACUCAGUGUGGUCAGUACAAAACCCCUGCUCUGGCCCCAGGAGGAAGUGCUGAUGGUCCUUCUGCUUCCUCCUUGCUAUUGUCAUUGGAAGGAAGUGGUGGUGCUCAGCUCUUCUGUGAUUUUCUGACCCAGGCAGCAUAAAUCUAUGAAAAGCGAGUCAAUGCCAAGAAAUUCAGUUUUUUCCUGACCUUAAGAAGGUUACCACAAAAAACAUUUGGGUUUUGAUUUUGAAAAUAUGGUCAACUUACCCAUAUGGUAAAGGUAGAGCAUUGUGAUCAAAUAAGUCUUGGCAUAAAAAGAUGGGAAUUGAUUAAUUGACCAAUCACUACAACCGUAUGUUAUUGCAAGUAUCUAGUCUCUCACAUAAGUCAACAACCUACAGUAAAACAAAUGAACCCCAGUCGUAUGAUAGAGACUUCAAUGCAUUAUAGAGUGGAGGAGAAUUUCUAGUGCUGUGAAUCUGAGGAGAUGGGUCAUUAUUAUAUUUGAAAAGAGUCAUAUCACCUAUAUGGAGCCAGGUAUGCUUUAUAUAGCCAAAAGCAGGGCUUUCCACCAUCCCUGCAUGUUAAAGGCUCAGCCCAUUCAGUGGAGCCCAGGCCUGAAUUUGGCAUAUUAGCAUUUUACCUGGUUUUUAUACCAGCUCACUAAAAGCAUAAACAUCUUUUGCAUCUUGUUUCUGUUGUAAAAUAGGUUUGAAACACAGCAGAAACUAUGCUCCACAAAGAAAUUCUGCUAUUUUCCAUAUUAUUGAUUUAGUACAUUAUGUUUUAUAGGCAAAAGUAAAAUGACCUGGCCAAAGAAGCUUAUAGUCUGCAGGUAGAUCAAGACACAAACUACCAACAGAAAUGUAGAACUACAAUGUCUGAGACCAGUAAAGAAACAGAAAUGAAAGUCCCCCCAGCCCCACUGUGCAGACCACACAAAGAAUGUUGUUAGACACUAUGUGAGAAUUAUUGUUGCUCAAAUCCAUUUCCUUUCACCCCCAACUACUGAAACUCACAACUACAUUUAUAUCCAGACCCAUCUCAGUUCAUGUACUUUACCCCACUCCCUUUCGCUUCCAAUAGUCAGUGACCCAGAUUGCACGCACCCAGUUCCUGAAAAUGUUAAAAAAUCUCUAAAAAGACACUACCCAACAUUGGCAACAAUCAUCUUCUUACUGGUAAUUUUACUUAGUAAUAAAACUAACUGUGAGGGUGAAGUUAUGGUUGUGUAUGAUUUUGGAGCCAGGCUUGGCUUUCCACAUAGAUUUGCCCCAGUCUUAUGUUCCCCUUCCCUCCCCCCCACCUCUGAAUGGAAAAAAAAUGAUAAUUUUUACAUCUGUAGGGGAUGUAUUACACUUUAUAUAUAUAUACACACACUUAGCAGAGGCAAGGGGACCUGAGCAUGGAAGGGUAGCUGGGGCCUAUGUAGAUAUGCAGAAAAUUCAGGCAAGGAUCUGGGUGGGAGUCAGGGCUCAGAAGUGAGGUUGUCAGAUCCAGCUGAUGAAUCUCUCCUCUAGCUGACAUACAGUCUUCACUGCCAAAGCAAGUUUUGGUUGAAGUCUGCUCCUCUCGCUGUCCUCCUUACCUCGUUAGCUUCAACAGAGGGAGGGAUAAUGGAAGUCUUACAACAAAAAUUUCCUCAGGAUACCAAGAUUGUUUGAAUUUUCAAAAGUGACUAUGGAGUACAAGUCCCCUUGAAAGUCAGUGGGAGUUGUGUGCCUAAAUAACUUAGGCCAGAGCUAUGCUAGAAGAGGUUUGCUGGUAUAGCUACAAUGGGAAACUCUACUUGUAUAGACACAGCUUACACUAGGGAAAAGGUGCUUCCUCCUCCCCUCUCCAAUCCCAUGCCAGUAUAACUACAUUUACCUUAGGUUUCAGAGUAGCAGCCAUGUUAGUUUGUAUUCGCAAAAAGAAAAGGAGGACUUGUGCAUGCAUCCAAUGAAGUGAGCUGUAGCUCAUGAAAGCUUAUGCUCAAAUACAUUUGUUAGUCUCUAAGGUGCCACAAGUACUCCUUUUCUUUUUACAUUUACCUUAGGUUCUUGGAAAUACAGAAAUUUCAAAAAUUGACAGUUCUAACUGCCAUUGUACUGGCAAAAGUGUAUAAUGGAGACCUGGCCUUAGGUGUUGAGAAAAACUCCACCUGGUACCCUCUUUGAGGAAGAAACUUUCUCAGGCUGCUGGACCUGCAGUGUCCUGGCAGCAAGCAGUCUGGACUGCCAGAUUGGGUUCCUCUCUGAGAAGCCACAGGUGGUUUGCCAGAGAGAAACAGCAACUCCUCAAUGCCAGACAAUGCCUGAGUGUCCAGCCGCUUUGCCUGAAAGUCUUUUCACACUCUGCCUCACCCACCGCAUCCCAGAGGGGGUAGCUCACAGGCAGUGAUGCUGGACAAGCGUAGCUGGUAGUUGAGGCACCAUCUCCAUUUUAUAAUCGCUGGGCAUAACUCUUUGAAAGCAAUUUUAAACUAAAGAGUAAAAUUUCACACUAAGUGACUUUGUGAGAAUACCAGAUGGAAAGAGGGUGCCUUUGUGUAAAAUAAUCAAUGUGUCUCUAGAUUUAUUGCAGAUUACUAACAGCUUUAAUACAUCCAACUAGACAUGAUAAAAUAUAUACCGUGUGUCACCAUGAACAAGGAUAUAGGUUAGAUGAAACAGCAUUCUCUGUGCUGUAAAAUAAUAUCAACAGAAAUCUAUUCAAUGCAGGAAUUAUUAUCAAACCACUUACAAAAUAGUAGCAGUAAAAGUACAACAUAGUUUGUUUGCUUUAUAGUCCAGUAGAUACCAAUAGAGGAAAUAGUUGCUAAAAGAACCAAGACAAAUGGAAA